AUGGGCGUGGCGGACAAAAUCGAAAAGAAUGAAACAAAGAGAGGAAGUUGCUUCAACUCAAAAAAUAAUGAAGACGAGGAACGUAAAAGGUUGUCCGUAUUUUGUUACUGUUAUUUGUUACCAUAUUUUGUCCCUAUAUCUUGUUACUGUAGUUUGUUAUUGUAUUUUGUUACUAUAUUUUGUUAUUGUAUUUUGUUACUAUAUUCUAAACUAUAUUUUGCUGCUCUAUUUUGUUACUCUAGUUUGUUGCUCUAUUUUGUUCUUGUAUUUUUUGUAACUGUAUUUGUUACAUUAUUUAAUCAGUGAUUCUUUUUAUACAUUAACGGUAAUAUUGUUUUUAAAUGUUUUUACAUAUUUUUUCGCAAUCCCCUGCUGCUGUGAUGUAGUCUACCUUCUUGUUUUCAGGGUAAUAAAGGGAAAUAAGGGGAGAGACUGUUUUGUUACGUUCCUUUUUUCAGGUUUAGCCCUACUUUGUUUUACUCACUCCUUGUUGCCAGCUUGCCCAUAUUCCUCGAUGUAGAGUUUGUAAUGUUGCGUUUUGUAUUUUAUUUGUGGGAAACAUAUCAAUUGUCCUAUAGGGUUGACUCUGUACCGCACUUCGAACAUUGAUUAGGGAUGAAGCGUGUUAUUGAAAUGAACUUUAUUAUUAUUAUUAUAAUUAUUAUUAUUAUUAUUAUGGCUUUUCAAAACCUGUUCCCCUCUGUCGUCUAGUUCAAGAUAGUUGCCAUAUCAGCAUACAAGGGUCAUGUCCAUCAACAGAUGUACGUCAAACAGUUGUCAUGUGACCCUUUAAUUAUGUCACACGGUUGUCAAUUCACACAUUCAAUGUCAUGUCACUCAAUUGUCGUUUUAACCAAACGCUCCCCUUUACCUACACUUGUGAUCCUUUUUAUUUCCUAUACAUAAAUUGAACUAAGGAUAAAUACAAAAUGGCGUGGAGACUUUUGUAGGGGAGGGAAGAAAAAAAAAAGGGGGAGGGGGGGAUACGCAUAAUUGUGUGCUCAUUUCCUACGAUAUUUUCCUACACAAAGGUCUGUAACAGGACACCUUUGUUUUCACUGAAAGGGUUCCAGUUCAUUUACUUGAUGGUUGAUCUGUGUCUAAAUGUGUCCGACAGAGUGUCGUCUCUGACAUGGGUCAAAGUGAAACAGUUCAUCGGCACGCCAAGGAGAAGUGACUUUGCGCUCGACAAAGAAGAGUUGCCGGCGAUAAAGAGAAAAGGUCAGACGUCUACAGCGAUGUCAACAUCUUAAGUAUUUCAGUUGCCGUGUUGCAUGAGAAGCAGUGGCGUGGCUAUGGUUAGUGCCGUACGGGGUGGGUUAAACAUUCCCCCCCUCCACGAAAAAAAACCCUCUGCAUUUGACGGAAAAUGCCGCCACUCCAUAUAUAUAGAAAAAAAAGUGGUCCACUCUCCCCACUCACACCUCCUUCCUACGCCACUUGGAAGAAGUAUGACAGAUGACUUGUUACGGUAGUCUUGUUAUCGUUGUCUUGUUACAGCAGUCUUGUUACGGUAGAAGUGUUAUUAUUUCAGUUGUGGCCCUCUCAUUAUAAGAUAGACAUCAUGCUUCAAAGUGUUUUCUCUGUUCACAGAAAUACUUUUAGAAUCACUUUGCUGGACGACAGACCAUUACAUGAAGUAAGUUUUGAUGCUCAAGAGUAAAGCCAAAAUCAGAUCGAUUCAUGGCUCUUUAAAAAUCAAUUAGCUUGAAAAUACGUAAACGCUAAGUUAUGAAUAGCUCUCAAGUAUACGUAUGAAUAGCUCUCAAGUAUACGUAUGAAUAGCUCUCAAGUAUACGUAUGAAUAGCUCUCAAGUAUACGUAUGAAUAGCUCUCAAGUAUACGUAUGAAUAGCUCUCAAGUAUACGUAUGAAUAGCUCUCAAGUAUACGUAUGAAUAGCUCUCAAGUAUACGUAUGAAUAGCUCUCAAGUAUACGUAUGAAUAGCUCUCAAGUAUACGUAUGAAUAGCUCUCAAGAAUACGUAUGAAUAGCUCUCAAGUAUACGUAUGAAUAGCUCUCAAGUAUACGUAUAGGAGAAAACGUUUCGCCUAAACCCGUGUUUUCCACACGUUUAACUAUGGCGACCCGGUGGACAAGGUUUCGAAAUUGCACCAGUCCCUACACCAGAUUCAUCAUUUUUUUUUUAUGAACCAUAAAUAUGCAUGAUGUGCGGACCGGCAAUGUAAGGCUCGCGGGCCGGUGCCAGUCCGGGGACACCACUUUGGGAAAAACUGGUCUAGACGUCCAGGCUUGCUCUGCCUUCAUUUUCUUUGAAUUCCCAUUUUGUAGUACAAAAAAAAAUCAGAGGCGCCUCUUUGGUUCCUCCUUUAAUUUCAUUCAGUUGUCGUGUGCUGACUCCAUCCACAAGGGGAUGCUUCUAUUUCAUUAGAUCGGUUUCAACCGUUCUGUUUUACGUACCGUUAUACGGCUUUUUUUAACAUCUAACAUGCUUUAAGCUCUGGCUCGUUUCUUUUUAAACAAUACGUGACAAGAACUGACAACCAGUACACAAAGAAACAUAAUACCGAAGCUAGUGAUGUUAGCACUAUUCAAUUUAAUUAUACUAUUACAUUUAUACAAAGAGUAAAAAAAAAAAAAAUCAAGUAGACAGAAAUAUAUAACCUAUAUUAACUUUCACCAGAUCGAGUGAAAAAAUACAAUCCACGAACGAUACAAAUAUUAAUUGACAUAAACGUAAAGAGAACAAUCUUUAAGUAGAUUUGACCUCGUAAAUGUCUUGGGAAAGCUAGCGAAAAACCAGCUCUGGCUGGGGAAACUCCCGCUUUAUUUAUAAGGUGAACGCUGGGACCCUCCAGAAAAGAAAUUCUAGCAAUUGCAACACCUGAUAGUAUUCUUUUGAACAAAUGAGAACGUAUUCGAAUGUACAAUGUAAACAGCCUUUUUCCCAACUAGGAACCAGGGAGGGUGGAUGAAAAGGAUUGGUGCUACACAUUUAAUCGGUGACGUCAAUAUCUAAACCAAAAAAAAAAAAAAAAAAAAAAAAAAAAAAAAAAAAAUGAAAGGGGGGACGGGAGGUUGAAUGCCACAGCUUGCGGUGAAUAAAAACUAGGUCAACACACAGGUUAUAAUAUUAAGCUCUUUUACACGGACUGCCCAUCUAAGUGGUGUCGUGAGAAAUCAGCUUGGCAGCAUUCUACAACCAUGAAUUUUUUUCAACGACGUGUGUGUAUGGUUUCUACAAUGUUUGUCACAACGACUAGGAUCUUUGUCCGUUUUGUAGGCAUUUGUUUAGGAAAACCUAAACAUUCCGCAGCAAUUUGAUCCAUAGAGGUGAACAUCCCGGGACUCUCACCCCGGGACUCUCCAGUAGCACCCAUAGUAACUUAUCUUUAUCAAUGCAUCACUGCGAUUUCUUUUUUUCCCCACCCUUUUUUGUUGUUGUUGAUGAACCAUGACAAGACUUUGGCGAUGCAUUGUUGCACACUCUCAGUGAUAAUAUACAAAAAACUAAUAUACCGUUUCACCACCACCGUAGUUGGGCAAACAUAAGCUUCUACGGUGGUGACCCUAUCUCAUUAACGAUAAAAGAGCACAACUAGUUUUACCAAUGAACUGACACUUUGUUAUAUAAAGCCUGUUGCCAGUAAACAUUAUACACAACACGUAUUUAAAAAAAAAAGUUUCUGCCAAUAAAUCUUUAAGGUUAAGUCUUGAAAGUAAAUGAAAAUAGAAUCGAUUUAAAUAUGCGAAUGAUUAUUUUCAUGACGUUUCUGCCAGGAUUUUUGAUGUGGCUUUGGGGUCUGUGAUGGUUGGGGAACAAGUAGCCAGGUAAACGUUUAUCAUCAGAAAAAAUAUUUCUGUAUUUUAUAUUAAUUCGUAAUAUUUUCAGAAAGAAAAUGAGAAAAUGAAUUAUGAUGCCACAAAUGUGUAUUGUAUUUCUUAUGUGACAUCAAAAUUAAAUUUAAAAAACAAAGAGGUGAUACUUCGUACAUCCACACGUAUUCAUUUCUUCUUUAUAUUAAUUUGAUCCCAGGACUUUAGCUGUUAAACGAAACCAGAUUGUUUAUUGUAAGCAUUGCGUAUGCCAUAAUGAGUGCUUCAUCAUCAGUGUUAUAGACACCCUCCACGAAGACUACCCACUAAACGCUCUAGUGUAUGCCAUAAUGAGUGCUUCAUCCUCAGUGUUAUAGACACCCUCCACGAAGACUACCCACUAAAUGCUCUGGUUGCGUGCUCGUGCGGAUGGAGGACGCACGCAAUAGUCAACCCGGAAGAAGAACCUGUUAGACGUCUCAUUGACAUAGGUAACCUGCCGGCGUCAUUGUAUCUAGGGACUCUCGGAUUGCCAGGGUGA